CGUCACGCGCUGCAAAAUUCCAAAAGUGCACCGUGAAAACGGACCGAUUGGUGGUAAAUAAACCAGCAAAGGCUUCUAGAAAAUGGUACUGGCAACAUGUGCUCGUCUAACGGCCGCACUGCGACUUGGCUCACGUGAAAUACCAUUCACCUUUCGAAGCCUAGCAACGGCAACGAUGGCAUCCUCGAAUCACGAAUCUUCGUCGAAGCAAGAAACGCAACGACGAAAUGCAGCUUGCAGGAAAAUGUCCGGAUGGCAAAUACACUCCUACGGUUCGCCGGAAGAGGAGAUUCAGUUCAACGAGGGAAUUAAAAUGCCCAUCCUGAAAUCCCCCACGCAGUUGCUGGUGAAAGUGAAAGCGUCCUCUGUGAACCCGAUCGAUGUAGCUAUGAUUAAUGGCUACGGAGCAUCAGUAUUGAACGCGAUGCGCUGCAAGGACGGAGGCAUCGAGUUUCCUCUUAUUCUCGGCCGUGACUUUUGCGGCGAAAUUGUACAGAAAGGCCUCGGGAUCUCUAGUCGGGAGCUGGAAGUAGGCGAUGAGGUGUGGGGCGUGGUACCGGUGCACUUGCAAGGUUGCCAUGCUGAAUACGUUGCUGUGGAAAAGUAUUGCUUGUUCAAAAAGCCUGCAGACUUAAAUAAAAUCGAUGCCAGCGCUGUGCUGUACGCGGGCCUUACGGCUUGGUCUGGCUUGUACAUAACGGGCCACUUGGGAGAUUUGCUCGGCGCGAUAUCUCCCGUGGGUGGUGGAGCAGGAAAAAAAGUGCUCGUGCUCGGGGCGACCGGAGGCGUUGGGACGCUUGUCGUGCAGAUGCUCCUAGCGGAGCGUGUCGAAGUGUUUGCCACCUGUUCGCCGGAUGCUAUCCAAAUGGUGCGCAAUCUCGGUGUGGAUGUGGUGCUCGAUUACACCGAUCCUACACAUGUACAAAACCUAGCAAGCGUUGGAAGGUUCGAUAUUGUCCUCGACUGUGCCGGCAAGGGAUCCGACUAUGCCAACGAAGUACCGUGGAAGUUCGAUCAGUAUAUCACCUUCAAUUCGCCGGUCCUGAAGAACAUCGACACGGAUGGGUUCGCCGCGGGCAUGAUCCAAAACGCCACCAGUCUGGUGCGCAAUAACAUGGCCUCACUCGGUGCCCAAAAAGGACUAGUCAAGUGGGGGUACUUUGUUCCCGCCCCGCAGGGCAUUGCCUACCUGCAGCGUUUGGUCGAAAAGGGAAAGCUCCUGCCGGUGGUCGAGAAGGUGUUCCCGUACGCCAACAUACCCGAGGCGUACGAGCGCGUAGCGCAAAAGCAUUUACGAGGGAAGAUUGUGAUCGACUAUGAGUAAACGUGAUCCUGCAGCGCGUGCGGAUAUUACAUUCUCGAAGGAAUCUUCUCCUGAAAUUUGUGUAGAAGCAAAAUCUACUCAUAGCAAUACUAGACAACCUCAAGUGGGUAACAUCACUUUACAAAACUUCUACGUGUGAUUAUAGUAUACAACAAAUGAACACUUAAUUACAAUUCAAAGAACUAUAACAAAAAGUUAGCAAACAGAUUUGAAAUAAUCUUUUUUGAUUCUUUAGAAGAAAUUUCUUUAAUUUAAAAUAAAU